GAAUAUGCAGUCUUUCUUUCAACAUGUGCCUUAGCAGCAGCGUGACGAUUUCUCAGCAAAGCACAAUCUUACCUGAGGCGAAGAAGCGGUAACCUUUGAUCUCUGAACAGCUAGUUUGAUUGCAGAGUUGUAUACAUUAUCCUGUGACAGCAUCAUGCAGAAGACACGGAAUCUGUACCACGUGACAUUCACCAGGAAGCUGGUACUAGCUCUCGUCCUGACGUUCUCCACAUGCGAUACGUCAGAUGCCUAUUGUCCAGUAGGGUGCAAGUGCUUGAGAGAGAAACUGGACUGCGCUAACCUAAGUUUUACUACAUUUCCAUCCAACAUCACUGACCCGGAAAACUUCACAACCAUUAUACUCUCUGGAAAUAACUUGACUGAGGUGCUCACCGAGAAUUUUCAAUUCUUCAAAAACGUAGAAACGCUCGAUCUCUCGAACAAUGCUAUUGGCUCGGUACAAGAUGGUUCUUUCAGGUCACUAGUUAAUUUGCGACUGUUAGAUUUAAGCAACAACCGCUUGACAUCACUUCCAGAAAAGAGUUUCGCUGGUUUGGCAAAUCUAACGGGGAUAAAUCUGAACCACAAUGCUCUAACAGAACUCAAGAAGUCUAUAAACAGCGCACCUGCCCUAAAGAGGCUUCAACUAGCGCAUAACGUCAUCGGUGACGUCACUGAAGAUGUCUUUGACGAAAGUAACGUUAUAGAAGAAAUUGACUUGAGCGAGAAUAGUUUAAACGACAUCCCUUCCAAAGCUCUUGUAAAACUUCCGAAUCUCAGAACUUUAGUGCUGUCCAGUAACAAUUUAAAAGUGAUUGAAGACUGUCAGAUUGGUCUGUUAAGAGCCUUGAAAAAUCUCAAACUCAGACACAACCAUAUUGAAUGGAUAGGCAACCACGCCUUUUCCACACAGUGUGUUAACAAUGGGGGAAAACUCUUGUUUAACUCCUCCACUGUUGGUCACUCCUCACUCCUGCAAGCGUUGGAUCUUUCUUAUAACCGCCUGGCAAACAUUUCUUCGAAAUAUCUAUCCCCGUUGGAAAUGUUGGAAACUCUAAAUUUGAACGCAAAUAAAUUUACUACGAUCAAGAAGGGCACUUUUCAAAACUUAUCAUCAAUUGUGUCAAUCUCCCUCAGUUUCAUGCCUGAGCUGAAAACACUUGAGAAUGGUUCAUUUGACACUCUCCCUUCCUUGGACUCUCUGUACAUUCAUGACUGUCCUAGCCUGGCGGUUCUGGAACCUAGCGUCUUUAACAGUAUUCCCAACUUAAAGGUUCUGAAAAUAAGCAGGAAUGGAAUGCGGACAAUCUCGCGAGAUUUAAUAACGUGGAACAAAGACCUGUACAUUGAUGCAACAGGCAACCCUUUUAGCUGUGACUGCAACCUCCAGUGGAUACCGGAAGUCUUGGAGGACCAGGCAACUAAUAACAUGACCAGACAAAAUCUCGAGAAAUUAACAUGUACUUCCCCAAAACAUUUUGAAGGCAAGCUGAUAGUUGCCAUAGAAACCAAUUAUUUGCGCUGCAGCCCGGAGAGGAAAACCAAUCACGCCCGACUGAAGACGGCCGCCAUAGCCGCGUCUGUCGUCAUUGUGAUCGGAAUCCUCAUCUUAGUCUUCGUGAAAUUCCGGAACCGAAUUUGUAUCUUCGUGAAACGUCAAUUCCGGUACAAAGCGCACCGAGACAACCGAGAGCUGUUUUCCGUGAAGCUUUCGGAAAUCAUCGGGGAGAAUGACGCCGAUCCUUACUACGAGGAUCCGAACAUGGAUUUACGUCUCCGAAGUCUCGUAGACACGGAAGUAAAGUGAAAUAAGACAU